AUGGUUGAUAAAAGAAAGCCUUAUAAGCUACAAUUUGUUAUAACUUUUAUGCUCAUAAUUGCAACCUUAAGAAAAAUCGUAAGAAAUCAAUCAAAAAUGGUGCAAACACCUUUUAGCACGAGCAACGCAGACUUCCGUCUGAGUAGCAAGUCACGUCAUAUUCCUCAACAGUUUAUGUUUCCCGGCUAUACUCAUGUAAAAUCGGUCAUACAUAAAAUGCAACGACCUAAAAUAUCUACAAUAUUGUCUUCAAUAGACACGGGAAGGAGCAGGUCGAUGUACUCUCGAAUGAACAUAUCAAAAAACGAUAACAUACAACCGUACGAGCUGAGGAUAGCCAGAGAUGCCAUAGCCGACGUUAUUCGUCAAAGUGAAGAUAACUUUCUAUUUGGCGACAGUGAGUCAGUUGGUCUUAGUGACGACAAUGACACUGAAGUAAAACUUUCUUAUGCCAUACCUACCUCUAGGUUCUUUACAGCUUUGGAUGAACCACAGCAGCCGGGCGCAUCGAAACCUUACGAAAAUAGUAUUUCGAUUCCAGAAAACUCAAUUCAGGACGUAAAAAACAAUAUUUUCGUUAAUAGCGUUUCCGACAAAAAUACUACUCUGAAUGAAAAAUAUGACCCGAACUUAACUAAAGCCAAGUUGCAGAAGCUGAACAAAUCAAGUUAUGAUGUAGAAAUAGAAAAAGCGGAUUUACUUAUCGAGGAAGCACCCAUAGUUAUCGAAAGCUUAUUUUAUAACAUGACGGAGACGGUACCCUACAUUUGUGUAGCUUUACGCCAAGCCAAAGCCGAUAUCGACGCUCAAGAGAAAUUUUCCCACCUGGACAUUGAGCCAGCAUGGAUGGUAAAAAGACAAUUUUGGAAUCAAGUUUAUGAAAGCCGUUAUGAAUCGCUUAUGAGAAACCAGAAGUGGCCUCCCUUAAAAGUUAUUUUAAUUCCGAGAUCUAACAUACACUCAAUUUGGAAACAAUCAUUUGAAAGUCUGCAUAAUGACACGGUUCGGCGAAUAAUUUCAAAUAUUGUUAAAAAACUUCAGUUUUAUCCAAACUUAACCUUUUCUUGGAAUGAAGUCUCCCAUCUUAGCCAGUGGUGGAAGGGGGCGCGGCCGAAGACUCGAGCGGCGUUCCGUCGUUUAAUUAAAGAAGGACGACUAGAAAUAACUUCAGGUACUUGGGUCGAAACUGAUGAGUCUGUGUCACAUUUAUUUGGUAUUAUACAUCAACUAAUUGAAGGUCACCAGUGGUUGCAACAUCAUCUGAAUUACUCGCCAGACGUUGCUUGGCUGACAAGCAGCGUGACGCACAGUCCCACCAUGGCUUACCUAUUAUCUGCAUCUGGAAUAACAAAUUUAGUUCUAACAAAUUUACAUUACUCCUGGCAACAGUAUCUCACCGAAUACCAAAAUACCGACUUCCUGUGGGUUCAAAAUUGGGAUAACGACAAGAGCACCCACACGAACCUUAACGAUGUUCUCAAAAAAAUUGGAAAUGAUAGAUAUCCGAAACAUUCUGUCCUUACUCACUAUUUACAGUUUAAUUUUGCUGGUUUUCAAGCGUGUGGUCCACAGGGUGAAAUUUGUGCAACAGAAUUCAAUUUUGCAAAUAGUGAUAACAAUUUAGAUAUUAGUAUAUUUAAUGUAAAAGAGAAAGCUGAAAGAUUGCUCGAACAGUAUUCUAAGACUGGCACUACAUCCACUCACAACGUAGUUAUUGCACCUUUAGGAGAUUCCUUUAGUUAUGAAUUUCAAACGGAAUUCGAUUUUCAGUUCUACAACUACGAUAAGAUUGCAGAUUUUGUAAAUAACAAUAGAGAUAUUUACAAAGCUUCCGUAGAGUUUGGCACGACCAAAGAUUACUUUAAUUCCAUUCUAUCGAGUCAAACAUCUUUUCCUACUGUGAAAGGAGAUUUUCUUAAUUUUGCAGACAUAAGCGAUGGCAGUCCCGCUUACUGGACAGGAUUUUUCACUUCCAGACCACAAUUAAAAAUUUUGUUAAGACGCCUUCAAUCCACUUUACGCAGUACAGAAAUUCUUUUUUCCUUUGCUGUUAAUUACGAUACCUUUAAAUCAUACAACACAUCUGAACUCUUUGAGCUUUUGCAGAAUGCUCGAGAAGUCAUUGCUCGUCUUCAAGAUCGGAACGUUGUGUCAGGAACGCUGACGUCUACAGCGAUGAGAUACGUUCAUACUCAAAUUAUAAACACGGUUAAAGAUUGCUGGCGUAUACAAGAAGUAGCAGCUAGUUUACUUAGUUCGAAGGAAGGCCAAAAUAAAACUUAUCUAGAAAAGUAUGUUUAUAAGGAUGGAGAGUUCGUAUCUUCUUUUAAAUCGAUUACACCCGGUGAUCAAAUUUACGUUUUUAAUUCACUUAAUCAAGAAAGAACCGAAGUUAUAGAACUGUUGACUAGACAUCCAAACAUUCGCGUCGUAGAUCACGAUGAGAACGAGGUAACCACUCAGAUCAAUCCAAUUUGGAAAUUUAAUUACGAAAACAAAAUUAAAAUAUCGAAACAAUUCUUUAAAGUUACUUUCAUCAUAACUGUCCCACCGUUGACCUUCGAGUUGUUUAAAAUUAAGAAUACAUUCGACAGCACCCGAAGUGCUUCUACUAUAUAUUGCAACGUAUGUCGUUUCGAUGGCAUACAAAACUUUUCUUUUGAUAUUCGUCCAAUUGAUGAAGGUGAUAUCCAAAUUGAAAAUUACCGACAUCGACUUAUUUUCGAUGAAUUUACCGGAUUUUUAAAAACUGUCGUUGAAAAAUGGACGAAUACUGAGAGAGUUGUCCAUGUGGAUUUUGGAGCAUUUCGAAGUUCUCAUAAAAACUCCGGUUUGUUUUUGUUUAACACUAAUUACACUAAACCUUUAGAGGACAUCCUAUCUCCUUUCACAUUCAAUCCCAAAUCAAAGACCAUCAUGAUCAUAUCUGGGGCUAUCACUACAGAAGUGAUAUCUAUUUACGGGCCGUUGCUCCAACAUUCGGCUAAAAUAUUUAAUCUAAUCAACAGUCCCUUAUCCGAAGCUAUAAGAUUUGAAACCAAAUUAGACUAUGAGAUUUCUCCUAAAAAUAGAGAUUUAGAAAUAUUCAUUUCGAUACAGACGGACAUAGCCAACGGCAACCCACCAGAGUUGACUGUCGAUAACAAUGGUUUUCAAUACACAUCGCGCGCUAUCAAUGUGAGCAAACGAAUUGAAUCCAAUGUGUAUCCUAUGACGAACAUGGUGUUUAUACAAGACCAUAAAAAUAGAUUGACAGUAGUCACUGACCACGCGCAGGCCGUGACGGCUCUACAGGAAGGUCAGGUAACCGUGAUGCUGGAUCGGAGAAUUCUUUAUGAUGACGGUCGUGGGUCUGGGGAAGGUCUCGCCGAUAGCGCUGCUACUUACCAUACACACUAUAUAUUACUGGAAAACCUUAUCCAACCCACUAACAGAUACGACAACAUUUUGUUAAGAAACAGGUUAAGAUUGCCCAGCUUAUCUGCCAUUUACCUCGCUAAUACUUUGAACUAUCUGCUGGAUGUUUUCUUUAUAAGUGUUAGAGAGAUCAAUUUUUGUCAUUUUGCGUUUAGACCUCUUAUAAAAAAAUCUUUUCCUUGCGAUGUAUCUAUGAUUAAUUAUAGAGUAAUUCUUAAUAGAGGGAAUCCAGUAAAAUAUUUUCCAAACACAGUUCUGAUAGUACUCCAUCGACAGAGCUUCACUUGUCUGGUAGAUCAAGCCACGUAUGUACGUUGUAAUGGAGAAGACCAGCUAAGGCUAGACAAAAUGUUUCAUAACAUAAGACUUGUGCUUCAAACUAAUCUAGUGGGCACUAACGAAGGAGUUCCGGUUACCACGCUUAACUACGAAAACUUUCCACCGAUGGAAAUUACAACAUUAAGAAUAUAUUUUGGAAAUUAA